AUGCAUGAGCUAUUGCUGUUCGCCUCGGUCCCUGUCCAUCAGCAUCAUGAGCUCCUUCAGCAGCUCGCCGGCCUCACGGCCAUGCAGCCUCGCCACUCGGUCGAGCGUCGGCUGAUCUUCAAGGCCUAUCGCAAGCCCGGGUUGGUCACCUCUCGGGUAGGCGGCAGCCAGGAUCUUCAGCAGUCCGGAGACCUGCAGCGGGUCAACAAGAUGUUGAACGGUGGCAUGUUCUACACCCAGGUGGUUGGUCCGGUUUCCGAAUCGGAUUUCAGCCCGGCAGCGCCUGCGGCUGAUCCCGAUACCCAGAUGGAGGGUAUGGACGAAUCUAAGCCGCCCGUCCAGGGAACGUCCAGUUACGACUUUGAGCAGCAACCCUGGAAGCUGGAGUUUAGAGAUAUUCCCGAAGCGGGAACCCGCUCCGCUGUCACUUCGCGGGUGAUGGCCAGCGCGGCGCUUCCGCAUGGAGACAUCAUACCAUCCAUGAAUGCCUGGGGUUACAGCUUCGUGACUGAAUAUGUGGUCGAGGGAGACGUGUUCAUUCAGAAUGACAUUGUCAUUUACUUGCACCGCGUGCUGCACUAUCCUUCCGGUGAACAGGAGCAUCGGGAACCUCGGCGACAUCUCCCGGUAUUGAAGGAGAUGACGCCACUCGAGAAGAGUGGCAGCUAUGUCCUGCAGGCAUCCGUCAAUGUCCAGGACGGGAGUAACCAGGAGACGAUGAAGACGGCCUCUCAGCGCCUGUUUGGGCUGCGGGAACAGCUCAAAUCAGCAGUCCGUCUGGAGCAGGCAGAUCGCCUGUGCCUUGAUACCAGAGCCAAAUAG